AUGGAUCUCGCAAGCAGCCUUAUUCGCACUGUCGUGCGCGCUUUCUAUGAGACUCGCCACAUUCUCGUGAUUGAUGCUCUUUUCAUACACUCAGUCCUUCAUGCGGAGGACCUCGCACAUCUUCUUGGAAUGCAACAGAAGGACCUGCGCAAGCUCUGUGCUCGUUUGCGUGAAGACCGCCUCAUUGCAGUUCAUUCAAGGCCUGAGAUUCGAGAUGGCCAAACUCGCCCAGUGAACCGUGAAUACUACUAUAUACCACUCUACCCUGUUGUGGACGCUAUCAAAUAUCGUGUUUCCCGUCUCACCUCGAUUAUUAAAUCGCAAUAUACUCCUACUGCAGACAGGAAGGAAUAUGUUUGCAUAAGAUGUGGUGCUGAAUGGACUCAGUUGGAAGUUCUAAGCCGGAUCGGGCCAGAAGGCUUUGAGUGCCAUCGAUGCGGAGCUACACUAGAAAGAGCUGAUGAGGUCGAGGGUGGGGCUGGCGCUGAUCGGACUGGUCAUGAGAAAAAUAGCAAACUAAUGGCGCAGCUGGAUAAGAUGUUAAAGCUGCUCAAACAGAUUGAUUCUGUCGACGUCCCCGAGAAUGAUUUUGAGACAGCCUGGGAGCACAAAGUCGAUGUUAUACGAAAUCAAUAUACCAACCCGACAAGACCAGGGGUGGCCUACACGGGCAACCGACAGGCAGCUGUUCGAGGGAUAUCGAAAACAGACGCUUCGUCCUUAGAAGUGUCACUUACUUCCUCAGCUGAGAAGAGUGCUGCUGAGCAAGCGGAAGAGGCAGCGCGAAAAGCUGCACUCGAGAAGCAAAACGCGCUUCCUGUUUGGCAUACACAAUCAACGGUUAAAACAGAAGCUGGCAAUCUACGAAUCAAGUCCGAGCCCAAUGGAACUGCUGUUGACGCACUCGCUGUCAAAUCCGAAGUAAAGGAGGAACAGAAGCCAGACAUCGAUGCUCUUGAUGAUAAGGUUGCUGCAUAUUACGCUGAAAUGGCGCGCGAAAAGGAAAGGGAGGCUAAAGAAGAUGUGAGCUCUGCCGAGGAGUCAUCAGACGAGGAAGAAGACGAGUUCGAGGACGUUGGAGUUGCUCCUGGCGGCUCAACCUCGGCCCCAGUAGAUGGUAUUAAAGCUCAUACAUUCCCUAAUGGAUCACUUAAAAGGGAACUGGAAUCGGACUCAGCCAGUAGCUGUCCUCAGGCUGGUACUGCACACCCUGAUACGUCUGCAGAAGACGGCCCGUCCGCCAAGAGAGUUAAAUUCGAACCUGAAGUGAAGAAAGAAGCCGAGUCCGAUGAAGACGAGGACGACGAAGAGUUCGAGGACGUCUAG